UGAAAGAACCAGCCAAAAUCGGAAAGUUGCCCUGGCCGAUAAACCCCGAAAACCCAGCUGAGAGCGGUGCAGCUCAAUUCGCCGGAGACCGGGAAGUUGCGGACCUCUUGGAAUCUGAUUCUCCAAUGCGUUCCAAACUAAGCUCACUAGUCCGCUCCGCCAUCAUAUCUUCAAAAUCUUCACAGAAUGCCCAAGAUGCCGCUCUUCAAAACUACGUUUCCACUAUUGAUCCUUUAUCUCCCAGCACCUCUCUCUCUAACGCCAUCAACUCCCCGACCUCCAAGAAGCUUCCUCAGAACCCCAAUUCUGACGUUCAAUUUCCUGCUCUCAUUCUAGAAGAGUCUUCGGAUUCUGGGGAUCCUACGAAGCAUCUAGCCAAGGCCAUAUCUUCCGUUCUGUGCGAAGGCUCAUCUGUUAUGUCUCCUGAAGCACAAGGAAAUUGUGUUGAAGAAUCUUUGGAAAAAUUAUUAGAUAUACCAUGGUUUUCCAUCAAAACAAAUCAUAGCUUAACAUUACAUCGCAAAGAAAUAUCCCGGGAAAGAAAGCAUAACUGGGUAUUAAAAAAUACCCAGAGCGAUAGAUUUAGACGAUUAGUUAGAAGUUGCGCAAACAGGCUGGGGAGUGAUGUUACUCUAGAAGUCUUUGGUAAAUUGGGACGAGAAACUGGUGUGAAAGAAUACAAUGCACUAGUAGGCAUAUGUUUAGAGAAGGCUAAGGCAAGUAAGGACGUGGAGGUUGUAUUGGAACAGAUUGGGAAGGUUUAUCAGCUAUUUAAACUAAUGAAAGAACAGGGUUUCUCAUUAGAAGAUGAAACUUAUGGCCCAGUGCUUGCGUGUUUAAUUGACAUGGACAUGAUGGAAGAAUUUAAUUUUUUCUGUGAGGCUAUAAAAGAUGGAAAUCCAGGCUCAAUAUCAAGGUUGGGUUACUAUAAGAUGUUGUUCUAUAUUAAAAUCAAUGAUGAAGAAAAAGUUCAGGAGCUUUGUUACCGUGCUACAGUUGAUGAUGGAGUGGACAAGUUCAGUUUACAAGAAAAUUAUUUGUUGGCACUCUGUGGAAGUGAGCAGAAGAAGGAACUUUUACAGAUGCUGGAAGUUAUAGACAUCACAAAACUUUCGACAACUGUAGUUGCACCUAACAUCUUCAAAUCCUUAGGGAGGCUAUCACUUCACACUUUUGCAGAGAAGUCACUUUUGGCGUUUAAAACUUCUGGGAAUGGAGCAGAUGAUAUCUCAUAUCUUAUAUAUAAUUAUGCUGUCAGCAUUCCAAAUUUAGCGAUUGAGGAUGUGGUUUCAAAGUUCAAGAGCAUGCACUUCGAGUUAGUUAUCAAUCCUUCAUCUGCUUCAUAUGAGAAGCUCAUCUGUUAUUGUUGUGGUUUAUUUAAGGUUCACAUGGCCCUUGACAUAGCAAAUGAAAUGUGUGAUGCAGAUUUCACACCAUCAACAGGUGUCUUGCACUCCAUUUUGCAUGCUUUGGAUGAAAGCUGUGAAUAUAAUUUGGUUCAUCAAGUGUAUUCACUCAUAUGUCGCCAUAACUUGAAGCCAGAUAGUGAAAUCUUGAGGGGCAUGAUAAAUCUGCACGUGAAGAUGAAAGAUUUUAAAGGUGCCUAUGAUAUGCUUAAGGAGUGGGAGAAAAUGAACGUAAUUCCUACAACUAACUUGUACAAUGCUAUCAUGGCAGGAUACUUUCGAGAGAAGAACACCUCUGAUGGAUUCAUGGUUCUUAAGCAAAUGGAACUUGCGGAUGUAAAACCAGAUUCCAUAACUUUCAGCUAUUUGAUCAGCAAUUGUGAAUGCGAGGAGGAUAUUAUCAAGUAUUACAAAGAACUGAAUCAUUCUGGAGUUCAAGCAACAAAGCAUGUUUUUAUGGCACUUAUAAAUGCAUAUGCUGCUCAUGGACAAUUCGAGAAGGCAAAACAGGUUAUAUCAGAUGAAGGAAUUCCAGUCAAGAACUUGAAUGAAGUUAGAUGUGUGCUAGUCUCUGCUCUUGCAUCAAAUGGCCAAACGGCUGAUGCCCUGAAAAUUUAUGAUGAAAUGAAACAAGCUGGAUGUGAUUUGGAUUGCAAAGCUGUUUCCAGUCUUAUUGAGCACUAUCCAUUCGAUGGGCCAUUGAAUAGAAUGCUUCAGUUACUUGGUGAUUUGCAUCAUGAUCUUAAUGGCUGGAUACAUUGUUGUAGCAGGAUUAUCUUAUUUUCUGUAAAACACAACGAUCUGAGUUCAACUGUUGAUCUAUUGAAGCAGCUCAGUUACAGAUGCACUAAUGAUGAAACCAUAAUGGGAGUGACUUUUGAUGAGGUUUUCUGCCUCAUUGCAAACUCUGAGCCUACAUAUUUAGAAAUAGGCUUACAAUUGCUUAAAUUUAUAAAGAACGAUCUUGGUCUUUCUCCGCCGCGGAGAUGCCUCGAUUUUCUCCUUGGCACUUGUGCUAAUGCCAAAGAUGCAGAAAGCUCUCGCCUUAUCUGGAAAGAAUAUGAAAAUGCUGGCCUCCUUUACAACACCAUUAGUUACUUGAAGAUGUAUCAAGCUCUUUUAGCAUCUGGGGACUCAAAAUCUGCAAAACUUUUGCUUGGUAAAAUUCCAAAAGAUGAUGCUGAUGUUUGUUACAUAAUUAAGGAAUGUGAACGGGUUUAUUCUUCUACAGCAAAGAAGAAAAAGGUGUUGAAAAUGAGCAGAAAUAAGUGAGAGGCUUGAAUAGGAAAGUAGGAUGGGUUUUAAAAUUAACUUGUAGGAGUAAAUAAAUAGAAACAGGCAGAGAUGAAUGACAAACCCUUUUGUUUGCUGAAUCCAAUGCCAUUUUGGACUGAAUGGUGGAAAAAAAAAAUGAAACAUACAUGUAGAUAGAGAUAAUUGAAAAGUUGUAAUGAAAUAUUUGUUAUCAAUGAAAUCAUAGAGAAAAAUUAAUUAACAAGCCA